UUUCUUGGUCUCUCAAUCUCUUUCUUUUUAUUUUCCUGCAAAAUCUCUACUUUUCUUUCCCUCUUUCAAAUCUAUUUUCUCUUUCAUUUCCCCCUCUUUUCUCUCUCCCUCUCUACCUCACAAAAAUUAGUAUCCAAGGACCCUUUUCUCUUAUUCCCUCUACUCUUGCUUGUUUGCUUCAUUUUCACUAGAAAAAACUUUUUCUUGUUUGCUGAUUUCAAUUAAAUGAUGGGGUUUUCAAAGAAGGCACAAGUGGAUUCUGGUUUAGACUCGAAAGGGAAAAAAUGGGUAAUUGCUGGAAUUGCAAUUAGGACUUCACUGAAGCCGAUAAGCAUGAAACCAAGGGGAAAAGGCAGUGAUGAUGGUGAUGAUGAAGAGGAGUGUUCUACAACCCCAAUUGCCAAAGAAGCUAGAAUACCGGAGAGGUUGCACUGUCCACCGGCUCCAAGGAAGCGGCGGCCUUCUUCGAGGUGCAACUACAAUGAUACUAGGGAGUUCUUUACUCCUCCUGAUUUGGAAUCGGUAUUUAAGUGCCAUGUUGAGAAGGCAAAUUGAGAGAGGCUUACAAUGAUUAGGCCUAAAAGAAGGGUUGAAUUAGAGCUUAGAGAUUUUGUAGCAUUUUCUCUAUUUAUCUUCCUUUCUUUUCCCCCUUUUACUAUUAAUAGUAAUUUUUAUCUCUAUUUUUAUGUUUUGGUAGUGAUUAGUGAUUAGGAGCUGAAGUUGUACAAAGAUAUGAUAUUUUAUGAAAUGACUAGUGUACUUUGGUU